AUGGCCCGUGCCUGCCUCUCGGUCCUCGCGCUGAGCACCCUCUGCGCGCUGACGUCGGUCCAUGCGACGCGCCACCACCUCGAGAGCUUCCGCGGCCACGCCCAUCACAUCCAGUACGACCCGGACAACAACGGGAUCCCGGCCGUGACCGAGCACAACUACACCGAAGCGGUCCUUGACCACUUUGCGCCCGUCGCGGCGCGCAAGCACUGGAACCAGCGCUACUUUGUCAACGACGAGUUCUGGGCCGGCGAGGGCUACCCGGUCUUUCUGUACAUUGGCGGCGAGGGCCCGCUCUCGGCGUCGGCGCUCUCGAGCCGCAACUACAUCCACACGCUCGCCAAGUCGCACCGCGCGCUCAUGGUGGCCGUCGAGCACCGCUUUCUACGGCAAGUCAUACCCGACGCCAGACAUGAGUACGGCGAACCUGCAGUAUCUCUCGAGCCAGCAG